AUGCCCAGCUCUUGCCAAGAUAUCCGCCUCGCAUUGGCGCAAUGUCUCCAGCAGUCCGAUUGCAUAAUGGUCCAAGGCAAAACGCCUCACGAAUGUCUCCAACCACCCUACCUUGAGAAUCUUCCCGUGAAAUGCCAGCAGCUGCGCAAAGGCCUUAGUGAUUGCAAACGAGGGAUGGUAGACAUGCGCAAACGGUUCCGCGGCAACCAGCCCAUAGCCCUGGGUAGCGAGGUCGACCCAACAACCGGCGAAGUUAUCACUAAAACAAAGCCCGUCGGGCAGCUGUAUGCGGGUAAGCCGGCUUUCCAAAGCGUCAAGGAGAUUAGUGGCGAUGAGGUGCAGAUGGACCCAGAGAAGACAAGGGGAUUGUGA